AAAAGGACAAUCGAUCUUCAUCAAGUAACAAGUGACUGCGUUAUUCCAGAGGUGGCUCAUGAGACCCAUAAGGCUUCCUGAACCGCCCAUAGGACGGAGGAGCGCGGCGGAGGUGUUCGAAGCCGGGAUUUAUGGGAUAAUCAAACGGGUUGUUGUGAUAGGAAAUGGCUUCUCGGGAGCUGAGAAUCAAUGCAUCGGUUUGGUUCGGGCUUUAGGCCUCUCGGGUUGUCUUACUUUAUAUCGUGUUACAAGGCCAAGAGGAGGAAUCAAUAAGUGGCUACAUUGGCUUCCGGUUUCUCUUCAUAAAAAAUUGGAUUAUGUUAUAAGGCAAAUUUGCAUCUAUUCAGGAGUUCAAGUGGAAGCUAGAUGGGUACCAAAGAUGGCACCCUUUUAUGUUGAAGAAGUCUUUGAUUUGUCCUUUUUUGUACCCCCCCCCCCCAAAAAAAAAAUCAAAAUUCAUAUGAGAACUACAGGGCUGUCCAGUGUAAUAGAAGCUGAUGCAAAACAAAUUGCAAUGAUGGCACGGGAUACAUUUGAGAAGGAGGGCCCUCUGUUGGUCAUAGCGUCUGGUCGGGAUACAAUUUCUGUUGCGAGCUCCAUUAAACGGUUAGCCACAGAAAAUGUUUUUCUUGUUCAGAUACAACAUCCACGGUCACGGCUGAAUAGGUUUGAUUUAGUGAUUACUCCUCAGCAUGAUUAUUAUCCAUUGACUCCUCAUGGACAGAGACAAAUUCCUUGGUUUCUCCGGAGGUGGAUAACUCCUCGCAGACCUCCUGCUAGACAUGUGGUUCUCACUGUGGGAGCUCUUCAUCCGGCUGAUUCUGCUGCAUUAAGAAGUGCUGCUUCAGUCUGGCAUGAUGAACUGGCCCCGCUUGCAAGGCCCUUGCUUGUUGUCAACAUUGGAGGGCCAACAAGCAGCUGUCAAUAUGGUGCGGAUCUUGCAAAGCAGUUAAUAGCUAUGCUGCAGAAUGUUUUAUGGAGUUGCGGCAGCAUCAGGAUAUCUUUCUCGAGAAGGACUCCUGAGAAGGUAUCAAAAAUCUUAUUGAAGGAGUUUAGUUCUAAUCCAAAGGUUUACAUUUGGGAUGGUGAAGGUCCUAAUCCACACAUGGGACAUCUGGCUUGGGCUGAUGCUUUUGUUAUCACAGCAGACUCGGUAAGCAUGUUGAGUGAGGCUUGCACUACAGGAAAACCAGUCUAUGUUAUAGGAGCUGAGAGAUGUACAUGGAAACUUGCUGACUUCCAAAAGUCUCUGCGGGAACGAGGAGCAGUUCGUCCUUUCACUGGCAAAGAGGAUAUAUCUGAGAGCUGGAGCUAUACACCGUUAAAUGACACAGCAGGGGCCGCUAGCCAGGUGAUGAAGGCACUUGCUGCUCGAGGAUGGCCAAUAGACGCAUAAUCUGCUUGCAGUGCUCGAUUUUUAUCCAAGCUUUUGCAAUUGCUUCCACCUUUGAACAGAGUUUAAUCCAGUCUGUACCAACUGAUUGAUCUUCUUUUGCACACAUGUCCAAGUGAGGACAUAUCAGAAAAGUUUUUUCUGUAGUUCUUUUUCUUUCACAAUUAAUUUUGUCACUCCUUGCUUCUUGUUCACACCACAAAUUUUGAGUGUAAGGUAAAAGAGACAUGAAUUCUACUUUGUUCAUCAUAUUUUGAUCCAAAGGCAAAUGGAUAAAAGAAUCACACUUCUGUUUCUCUCUA